CGCCACACACCGACUGAUGCCCACGGUCCGUUGAAAGCAGCGCUUGUGGCGGUCGAGGGGCUGUGGGAAUAACACAAUGCGGACUCACUCUUAUUCCUGAGGAAUCGAACGCACGACGAGCAGGAAAAACACGGGUGCCAGAGAGAGUGAUGUCGGCAGGCGAGGAGCGGAAUGGCCAGGUGGCAGCGCCAGUGUACGUGUACGAGUCCAAGGUCCACUGUGCCAAUGUGAUGCUGAGCCUGGAGGAGCAGCGGCGGCAGGGCAUCCUGUGUGACGUCACCGUGCUGGUAGAGGGCCGGGAGGUGCGCGCUCACAGGGCCGUCCUCGCUGCCAGCAGCCGCUACUUCCUGCAGGCCCUGCUGGGUCACAACGGGUCGCAUGGCGAAGCCGAGCCCAUUGUUAACCUGCCGGACAAGGUGACCGCUGAGGGUUUUGCUCCACUGCUCCAGUUUGCCUACACAGCCAAGCUGGUUUUAAGUCGGGAGAACAUCCAUGAGGUCAUCUUGUGUGCUGACUUCUUGGGCAUUCACAAUUUAGAGGACUCUUGCUUUCGGUUUCUUCAAGACCAGUUGCAGAACGACAGCCGGCAUGCCAGUAACGGCACGGUGGAAUAUGACGAUGACAUCACGGUGGAUGUCUUUUCUGAGGCUAUAUCCUCAGAUGAAUCUGCAGAGACAAGGCAGCAGACCAAUCACGUAGCAAGCACUGCGUCUCCUCCCGCUGACCUGUCUCAAUGUCCCAAAUACAGAAAGUAUAAGUACCAGAUCUGUGAUGACAAGCACAACGGAGAAGACCAUCAUGGUGAUGAUGUCAUCGUGGCCAACCACACCUCAGGCAGCCCUGUUAGCGCACAGCUCAGAGACACCGCUGCUCCACAAACUCUUCUUACACCCUCCAGGAUCAAAGAAGAACCAUUUGUUUUUGAGGAAGAAGGAGAUGCAAGGAGCAACCAAGAAUUGUGCACCGAGGAGGUCCUGGAGAUGGAGCUUGAGGUAGAAGGGGUUCCAGUAGCAGCCGAGCACUCUCCUAACCAAGGGUCCCCCUCUUCCUGCCUGCGCUCUUAUCUCCAGAAAGGCGGGCUAGAUCUCAGCGGCGUGCCAAGCACCACCAUCCAGCAGCUACUCACCAACAGACUGUCUCUCAACCACUACCGGGAACUGGUCAAAGACAGGCAGAGGGAUAAGAAGGAAUCUCUUGGCCAAGUGUUCCUCAAGACAGGCCUCGCAGAUGUAAUACCAACAGGGCUUACGUGCAAGAACACGGAAAGGCCUGUGUCCAAAGCCUCCUCCUCUAAACAUGAGAGAGAACUCGACAGAGCAAGCGUCAUUUUCUCCUCAGCUGGUGAGCAACAAAUGUUGGCCCAUUCUUACAUGGAUGACACGUUCAAAGAAAAGGGCUCAAAUCUGAUACACGUAGAAGCUCCUUCUCCUGGUCGGUCAUGCCUCACCACCAGCUGUCCUGUUCCCAUCAAGACAUCAGUCCACUCGCCUUCCCCUUCUGAGCCCCGAACCCAGACGCCCAGCUCUCGCUCCUCCUUCUCGUACCCAGAGGAUGCAGGCAGCGGCAGCUCGCCUUUUAACCUGCCCCAGUUUGACUUCUCCUCGUCCCCGCGCUCAGGCUCUGCCUCUGGACUCCCCCCCUGCCUGACCGGGGUGAUGGAGCAGACGAACCCCCUAAGCGCUGAGCUGGUUUUCUCUCAGGGUUGCACCAAUAUAAAAAAUGAACAGGGAUUUGGUGCCAGCGGUGACAACUCCAGCGACGAAUCAGGCUCUUUCUCAGAGGGAGACAGUGAAAGCGGCAUCUCCAGAAUCUCGGGCCCUGAGGUGAAGCUGCCCUUCCCAGUGGACCACAUCACGAACCUGCCACGCAACGACUUCCAGAUCCUCAUCAAGAUGCACAAGCUGACCUCGGAGCAGCUGGAGUUUAUCCACGACAUCCGUCGCCGCAGCAAAAACCGCAUCGCCGCCCAGCGCUGUCGGAAGAGGAAGCUGGACUGCAUCCAGAACCUGGAGGGCGAGAUCCGCAAACUGGUGUGCGAGAAGGACAAGCUGCUGAGCGAGCGCAACCAGCUGAAGGUUUGCAUGUCAGAGCUCUGGCAGAACCUCUCCUUCCUUUCCCAGCAAGUGUGUAGGGAGGGGCCACCUCCCGUCUGCGCCAGCAUCGACCUCACUUCCAAUCCGCCGUCGCCUUCUUCUGACAGGGGCUCCCCCCGGCCCAGGUCCCCCGCGUCGCCACAAGGCCAUAUGGGAGGUCCGACCCGCGAGGGUCCCGGCCGGGACGGACUUGAGGAGUCAGGUCUGGGGCGGGUUGACCCCGAGCGCCCCCUCGUGCUGGGGGCCACACAGGAGGUAUGUAGCCCAAACGUAACUGUGGAUUUCUGUCAGGAAAUGACUGAGAAAUGUACGACGGAGGAACAGAAGACACAGAGCUGCACCUAGAGUCUGUUGACUGACAGUUUGUUCUGCGUCACCGGCACACUUCUCUUGAUUUUUGAAGUAUUUCUUUUGUUCUUUGUUUUUUGUAAUGGAUGACAUAAGCGUUGUCUUAUCAGCAAUACUGUUCAACAGGUAUUUUCAGACUGAAGAUGAAAUAGAAGCACUGGCAGCUUUCUUUCUUUCUGUGUCUCAUCCUGACUUCUCUUCCUGUCAGCUUCCCUCCCUCUCUCGUGCAUCAUGGGAGGUAAAACUCAGGAAUUCCUCUGAAUGUUCAGUAAAGUCCUUGUUAACAUGUACGCUGAAGCGCACUUUGCUUUACAGUCCUGUGAAUCCUUGAUAUUUAGUACGAUUGAUUUGUAGCAAAUACAAAAAAGUUUCAGCACGUCCGACUAACUAACUAACUCAAGAGUGGUCCAAAAUGUGGGUGACUGCUUCUUUCCUUCCUUUCUCAGAGUGAGAUGUUCUCGUUGUUUUCAGUGAAUCUCGUUUCUGUGUGUUUAGUCCGAGGCCAGAACAUGGUUAGCCUAGCUUAGCAUAAAAGCCUUGAAGCAGGGUGUAACAACUAGCCUCUUUUAAAAAACAGAAUCCUACUCUGCACUGAGACCUUCGGGUUAUAGCACGAGCUGCCAGAUACACUUUGUUUUGCUCUCAAACCCAACUGCUUCUGUAGGAGGAAGACGGGGGUUACUCUGGUUCAAUUUGAGUUGCUACAGCCGCUGGCAGCCUCCCCCAGCCUGCGCUGGGUAGCUAAUUCUUGUCUUUGAUGGACAGUUACUUCAUGAACACGUGUCUAGGCUUUGGACCCUGUCAUAAGAGAGCAGAUGUAGUGGGUCGGAAAAGGUUAGGGACGAUAAGGCUGCCCUCUUGCGUGUCUACAGUUGGAAGAGUAGGAAAGUUUACCUUCACAAGCCUUAAAUGCACAUUUUUUGACUAGCUUGAAGGUCCAGUGUGUAGAUUUGGGGACAUAAUGCAGAGAUAAUUCAGAUUGCAACCAACUGAAACAUCUCCCACGUGCCAAAAACUCAAAUGGUGCUUUGCACAGCCGGGGUUUUGGCAGUUUUGGGCUACAGUACAGACAUGGUGGCGGGGAUGAUCUGCUCCUACUUAUAGAUAUUAUAUUCAUAAUAGAUCCCUCGUGAUCUAUUGCGUUUUGAAAUAAGCUUUUUUUCUUGGUCACUUAUAUUUAUGGUGUAAGUAACUUCCAGUUUUGCAGUUAUUCUGCUGACUCACCUGUGGCUUUUCACCAAGAAGUGGCCAUUCUUAUAUCUCGUUAAAGAAAUUGCAACUCUGUUGCUUAUGCUAAUGGAUUGAAUGAAACUUGAGAACAGCACAACUCCUCCUUGCUUCACACACAGACUCGAGCUGAACAUCCAUGUUCUAAGAAUGGAAAACAAUAAGUGUAUGUCCACAAGUGUUGAACUAAUCCUUUGAAUUCACUAUAUGGUAUUCCAUCAAAAACAGCUUAACUACUGUUAUAACAUAUUUUGAGUGAUCUAUUAGUUGUUGAGAGACACAGGACUUUAAAGUAAAAUGUUACCAAAGGUGUGUAUUUGUAAUAUUUUACAUUAGAUGAAACAGUCAAAUGAACUCUCAUUAUGCAAUGUUUCUUUUGUUAAACUUCACUUGUAUCUUUUCUUGUACUCAGAUGGGCAUUUCUACACAAUUCUCUCUCUCUGCCUUUUUUUCAUAUUUACGCUAAGAGACAGAACAGAAUUAAGUUCAAGCACUGCCCAGCUCCUCUAAGAGGUCACAGCUGGCAUCGAGUGUCCAGAUAGAUUAGAAGACCACACCCGUGUGACUGCUACAUUUCUGCUCAGCGUUUUCCAAAGCAUGCUGUAAGGUUUUCUUAGUCCAUUUUCAUUUAUUCUCAUGUUUUAAAUGUCAAGAUUGCAGCUUCCAUAUUGGGAAUAUUUUAUUUUGUUGACAGUGACAGACGUAUGUUCCAUCUUACCCAGUCUAUGGUGUUAACACAUGCCAACUAUCUUUGAACAUCAUCUUUAAUUCCUUCAUGAAAAUAACACAGAUAAAUAAUAUAUAUAUAUAUUUUUUAUCCAUUAUGAAACAAAACAAAAAAAUAACAAUAGCACACAUGUUCACUGUGUCUGAUUCCAUAUCUCAAGCAACCUCGUAGUUGAUUUGUACAUUAUGUAUUGACAUAGAAACAUGCUGUGGAAAAUGGAUGGCGGUCUUGUAAUUGACACACGGCCCACGUCGGUGUGGUCAGCUAAAGAACUGCUUAAACAAAUCGUAAGUGCUCUUUUUCAUCGUUUAUUUAUUGUCUUAAAGUUAAUAGGAAUUUGGUGUUUGUGCUUCUGGUAAUUAUGUAUUUAGCUGCAUUGUUCUUGUGUUGUACAUAAGACAAAUAUUCCCACUAAAAGUACUUGGUAUUGUAUCUGAGCAAGAUGUCGUCGCUUUCAAGUUCACACUUGGUACGUGAAUUUGUUUAAACACGAGGCAAAAUGAUCAAUUUCUACUUACAAACCAGUAUCCCGAAUAGUGCAGCCACGGAGCUGCAAGUUCAGAACAAACACUCUGGCACCGUAUUGAUUUAGGGGGAUGCUAAUUCAUCUGCUGUGUAAAAGUCGAUGGCGAGGCACGUGGCAGUGGCGAGUGCCGCUCCCCGCCAACGCUGUGCUCUCGCGGCUGCACUUUCCUCCGCACAGUCCUGCACGUCCGUGGUGUCCGAUGUGUUUGGGCUUCUUGUGGCCACCGGCGUUUAGGGGGGCAUUCAGUUUGUAGUAUACUGAAGAACACUGCUCAGCUGACUUUCUUAGACUUUAAUUCCUCAAUGUGAACUUGUUCAUUUAUUUAUUUGCACUCUUGUUUUGGGGGGGUUCUAGGUCGGGUGUAGAGGAAAAAGCUUAGAUGUUAGAUGUAGGUUGCUACCCUCUCCUAGAGUUGAUUUGUCAAUGGUUGUACUUUUUUAUUGUUGCCAAUUUUCAUAUGAACUAUGUAAGUAUUAAUUUACAAAUUGCAAAUGUACUUACUUCCAUUUAUUUCAAUGUAAGAGGUGUGAGUAUGUUUACAAUUUCUGUGAAUUACCUUUUUUUUGGGUAAAAGACAUCAUUAGGACAUGAAAAUUAGGUGGAAAGCUUUUUUUGUUUUAUUAACAUAAGUUAAGUGUUGACAAAUUUGCGUGGAAAGUAAGCAUCUGACCAGAGCAGCUACAUUUUCUUGCCUUAUAUGUUGCAAAGGCCAAACUGUCUAGUGAGGGGUUUUAGUUCAAGGGAAGCUGCACUGCAGGUGUGAUAAAACGUGGACUUCAUGUGACACCUUUAAUCUCACUGUUCAAGCGGUCCGAUCCAAAAACAUGCAGGCUAUGUGAGUGUGGCCGGGUGUCUGUCCUGUGUCUGACCGGAGACAUGUCCAGGGGGCAGAAGGCUGACCGGCUCCAGCCCCCCUACGACCCUAAUGGACGGACGGAUGGAUAUUCAAUAAGUUCCCCUUUGUGACCAAUAGCAAGAUAAGCCAAGCCCAACAGUUUAAUGCCAAUACAUACAGACAGAAUAUGGUAUAUUACCAUGGAAUAAUUGAAUAAAGCACUCCAUAAAAAACAUUUUGAAAUUUAAAUUGCUGAAAUUGAAAAAAA